CCUCAAGCGCCGUCGCAAGCCCGACGCGUCGAAAUUUCUGAAGCCGAGCCAGGCUUCGACAUCGACGACGACGGCGACGGCGAAAGUGAAGGCGAUGGCGACAGUGGUAACGAACUCAUCCCCGCCGGCCCUGCCAGCUCGGCCGAAACGAUUGUCGUCAGCCGAAGCCGAGACGGCGGCGGCCGCCAUUAGGUUGUUGAGGCUGCGAGCGCCGUGUCAACUGGACAAAAUUUCGGGUCAAUUGCCCGGGCGUCCGGCUCGUCUGUGUCGAAGUGCGCUGAUGCACUCACAGCCGGGCCUCUCGUCACAACCGGCGCUGUUUGAGACCCGCCUCGGCCCGCCGGACAGUUGCCUCGGGCCGACAGCCCGUUCCGGCUACAUGGGGACCCUAGGCAGUAGGGCCAAUGACCGUCUUUGUGCCAGUUCCAGCUUCCACGAGGGCGGUCCCCUGGCAUCCGCCGGACUCUUCACCGGCCUCCUUCUCGACCUCGACGGACCGAAUCAUUUUGGCAGCUCCCUCGUCGGCCAUGACAUCUCCUCGUCUCGUGUUGCCGUGGCACUGGGGCAAAGGACGCCGCCACCAGAUUUUCCCACUGGACAAACCUCACUCUCCACCACUCCGGCCUGGCGACAUGUUGCUCUCUCGGUCAGAGGCAGUCCAGUCUUACCACAUCUCGGUCCGACUCACAGGCUCGACUGUCUCAAUCCCGGCCAUCACGAAGACACAGCCUCAUCCGAGCUGCCCAGUUUCACGGCCGCUCUAGCAACCGGUCUCGAGCACCAUCUGCCUCCAGACACUGCCACAGAGACACGUCCACCCUCUCCUCCGGCGCACAAACAACGCAUUCAAGGCGUAAAACCGCCGUCUUUCUCUGACUCCCGACGCCACCUGCCUCUGCCCGGUCCCGCUUCACAGCACCAACACUCUCGCUCACAGCGAGUUCCAUUUCCACAACCGGCUAGUCCCGUCAAGCCUCUACAACCAAUGAGCAGAUUUCUGCGUCGACGCAACCUCAACACUUCAUGUACACCUCUCCUGCUGGCCAGCGACUCGGGCCAGUCGACGUCCGGCUCGACGCACCGACUCAUCACUGGCCCCAACAACGAGAUCAGUCGUGAAGACGACAAGCCGACAAACACAUUUGCUGCAUCAAAAGCCGGUAAUCGCACCAGCCGACCAGAGGAGAUCUGGAACCGGCCCGACCUCAGACUGACCGAGCCGAAGAGUCUGGCCCCGGAUGUUGUCGGCACUCGGGUGCCAUGGCAACAGGUUGGGCCAUCUUCA